GUAAUCGAAUCACAACUCGCGAGCAGAGGUCGAGGCGAGAGAGAAGGAGAAAGAGAAGAACGAUGGCAGCAGCUGCCGCUGCUACGCUGCAUCCCAACACUGCCCUGACGCAGAAUUCGCUCUCGUUUCGGAGCCAGAGCCGGCACUCCUUUCUUGGUGGCCUGCCGAAGAAUCUGUUCUUGGAUCGGAAACCAAGUCGGAGCGGAAGAAAGGGUGCGGCCGGCUUGGUGGUCGCUGCGGCGGGGGAAAACGACGGUGGCUCCGGGAGGUUCUAUCUCAACUUCACCGGCUUUCCCUUCCCGCUCGGUCCCUUCCUCAACCGGCGCACCAUAAGGACUGAGGCUGUCAAAGACUGUAUAUGGCUUUUUGAACAAGAGCAAGCACUGGGUUUCAGUAGUGUCUCAACAAACAUUAGGAUGACUGUCAUCAAAUUGAAGUCUGGAGGACUAUGGGUUCAUGCACCUAUUGCGCCAACUAAGGAAUGCAUUGAGCUCCUAAAAGAGUUGAAUGCUCCUGUGGAAUACAUUAUACUCCCAACUUUUGCUUAUGAACAUAAAAUCUUUGUGGGUCCAUUUUCAAGGAAGUUCCCACGUGCACAAGUGUGGGUGGCUCCUAGGCAAUGGAGUUGGCCAAUUAAUUUGCCACUUGAAUUUUUUGGAAUUUUCCGUGCCAAAGCUUUGAGAGAUGAGGAUACUUCUACUCCAUGGGCUGAUGAGAUCGAACAAAAGACUCUUAGCUCACCUGAAGUAGGUAUUGGUCCCUACGUAGAGGUGGCAUUUUAUCAUAGACGUUCACGAACUUUGCUAGUGACAGAUGCUGUCAUUUAUGUCCCAAGGCAGCCACCAGCAUGUAUUAGCAAAGACUCUUUGUUAGCAUCUGCUAAAAAUGGUUUGGCAGUCAAGAUCCUCAGCAAAGGAAAAGAAGUUCCUGAUGAACCCGUUGUUGAUAACAAGUUAAACCGCCAAAAAGGUUGGGAACGGAUGGUGCUGCAAAUUUUGUUUUUAGGCCCUUCAAAUUUGUUGGAACCCACCGCCAGCUUUGCUCAGAUGUCGCAGAAGUUGAUUGUUUCACCUAUUGUUAAGACUUUGGUAUUCAGCAAAGUACCAGAAAAGGUAAGAGACUGGGUUGAUCGGAUUGCUAAAGACUGGCCAUUCAGACGGAUAAUUCCUGCCCAUUUUGCUGCUCCAAUAAAUGCCAGUAGGUCAGAUUUUUUGGCAGCCUUUGGUUUUCUAGAUGAGCUCCUGGGCGAUCGCUUCACCACGAGGCCUUCACUGUCUCUUCUCUUUGCAUCGGUUAUGGGAAAGGCAGCUAGUUACUUUCCACCGGAUGAUAUGAAGACCUUGUCAUCCCUUGAUCAGUUCUUGGUCUCAGUUGGUGUUGUGAAGAAGACUGUUUCUGGAAGAAAACAGUAAUAGUAGGAAAAACUUGUACAUUCCCAUCUGGCCCCUCAACCCUUCAGUAUAGCCAACUGUUUCUUUAGAGUACCAGAUCAUACAAUUACCUUAGCACAUAUGAAAAGAAGAAAAAAAAAAAAAUGAAGGCUGCUUAAAUAAAGUUCUAUCGUCAGCGGAAAUUCUACUAUUGUAACGUCCACUGUUUUUUUUCCUGAAUAUAAUGAUAUUUAAAUUAAAGAA